AUGGGUGUGUCUGGAUGGGCUUUUAGGGGUGAUGUAGAGGCCCAAUGCGGGGCAACACCAGUAACUUCGCCUUUUUCCCUUCUCCAGUGGGAGGAAGGGUUCAUUCCUUCAAAGGACGAGCAACAGCCCGCGUGGGGCGCCGAGCACCAACAGCUGCAAUACGAAGGGAGAGAUAGAGAAGUUGCGUGGGCGGGUGUUGGUGGUCAAGGCAAGGGGAGCAGCGGCGGCAAGAGAACGAAGGUGCAAAUGGCACGGCGAAAUGCCUUUGAGGGUCGUCGGAUGUGCCUCCGAAAGGCCCCAAAGGAUCAUACGCUGCUGGGGCUUUGUAUCAUGUACUGCGGCACAGGCUACCGCGGACUGCAGCUGCAGACCCACGCCCCCACGCACCACACUGUGGAAGGGGUCUUGAUUCAGGCAUUGAAAGAUGUUGGUCUCGUUGAGGCGAUUGAGCGGGGCCGUGUGCAGGGCGACAUGCACCACUUUGCGCGCUCUUGUCGUACAGAUCGUGGCGUGCAUGCAGUGCGGAACAUCGUCUGCCUUUUUGUUCCCACGGAACGGCUUGAGGCGUUGGGCGGGUGCGAUAAACUAAAAGAGGCAUUAAACACGAAACUGCCCUUAACGAUACGAUUGGCGCGGGUGACGCCUUUGAUGGGAAAUUUUAUUCCACGCUUUUCUUGUAAUCGGCGCGUGUAUCACUAUUUGAUACCGGCCUAUGCUCUCGUGGCACCCUGCGACCAGUGGACGAGUUUCUUUGAGAAAUUCCCGCAGGCGGCGGAAUCGCUGCAGCGGUGUUCGAAAGACGGGCGCUCUUCUUGGGAUUUUUCCCCUGCCGAGUCGGAGCCGUGGGCGGCGGCGUUGUCUGCCGCCGUGACGCGCGGCAACGAGCUUCUCCUUCGUUUCCUGGUGGGGACCCACCGCUUUCACAGCUUUUCCGUCGAUGCGUCUCAGCGUGGCGGGAGUGCGUGGAACCGCAAGGUGAUUUCGCCGUGCAGCAAUGAGGCCGUGCGAUCCGUGUACCGCUGCGAGAUUGCCCCGCGCGUCUUCCUGCUGCCGCAGGCCACCACAGGGUUGACUCGGGCGGAGUUUCAAGCCGCACUGCAGACGGUGAUGGAGGAUGCCUCGCUUGCGUCGUCACUGCCGCCACUGUUGGCGGCCGCCGCGGCUGCCGACGCCGCCUCCGUGAACAGUGUCCCAGCAGACGUUCCUUUGCCCUUUGUUGUCCUGCAGAUUGAGGGCAACUCGUUCCUUUUCAACAUGAUACGAAAGAUUGUUGGCACGUUAAUUGCCAUUUUGCGGGGCGCCAGAGAGACGCUCUUUGCGGAGGCCUUGUCACCCGACCGACGUGUUGUCUGCCCACUGGCACCCGGGCCGUACUUGUACCUGUUUCUCUCCACCUAUCGCCGCUACGACACGGGUGUGCGUGGCAGCCGCUCUGCACGCUUCCGCCCGAUCGCGGAGGAGUGGCGUGGCGACGUCGCUGCAGCGGCCACGGCCUUCGCCCAUUCCGCGGUGGCGGCGGAUGUCGUUGAUCUUGACUUAAACCGCACCCCGGCCAUCGGCACUCUGCUUGCCGCCCGCGACCUCGCACGGCGGGCUACACGCCCGUGCUGGGAGGCGGAGGACUGCCACCUUGCCGCCCUGAAGGAGCACCGCCCUGCCGCGGUGGAGCCGCACCCGCCUCGCUCGGAGAUGACGGCGUUCCUGCGCUCCCUGCGGGUGCACAAUUGGAGCAUUGAGGCUGUAAAAUGCCCUGCCACCGCGCCCGCAAAGAAGGGCGGCAGGGAACAAAAGCCCCCCGGCAAGGAGGAGGAGCGGACGCAGAAAACGAACAAGCGACCGAGGGAGGCGCAGGAGGCAGGCGCGGCGGCUGAGGAGGGAGGCCUGCAAAACGUCCAACAGCCGUGCGUGGAGGCGCGUGGGGACGGCAGCGGUGAGUCACCCGCGUUGCAGGCGACGCCGAAUAGUGGUGAGGCCCACGUCGAGAGGAAGCCGAUGCCGAACAAUAGCGGCCGCGGCGAUGACGGCAAGGAAGAAGAAGAAGACGACGACGACGGUUGGAUUUAUGUUGCCGCAACGGAGGCGGCGGCAAGGAGCAAACGCCGCGAGUACCACCAAAGGCGAAGGCAGCGUGCGCGUGCGUGGGAGCACAACGAGCCCGCCAGGGAGGGGGCGGUAAACGACUGGGACAGUGAAGGGGGAGGCAGCGAGUAG